AUAUUUAGUGUUGUGGUUGGCCUUGAACUUUUUCUUUCGCGUUCAAAAUCGUCCUUUUCCAACGCACGGAAGUCAGUCAAGGCAUCGUCAUCUAUUAAAUCUUGGAUUUCCGGUAAGAUCUUUGACUUCGAGCUUUGAUUUGUAUGACUAUGAAUUACAGUAUCGCGGCUUUACAUUUUCUAUUGAUUUCCACUUCUAUUUUGUUUAUGUCACAGCAUUUUGGCAAUUUUCUGUUUGAUUUUACUUUGCUUGCAAGAUUUAUAUUAAUUCCAAAAGACAAAGAACGUAUUCGAACUUCGUUUCUCCUGACUUUGAUGAUUCAACAUCCAGAAAAUAGGCGUCUCCUUUAAUAAAAUGCCACGUUUUUUGCAAAUUUCCAACAAGGCUUUGUUUACAUUUUCUCCAGUAUCUGUGUAAAUAGGGGAAAUUAUCAGUGCUUUGCCAUACAGAAAUUGCCAGCUCUGGGAAGGGUCAGUAGAAAUUUGAUACAAGUGUUUAACUGUUGUUGUGAUACCUUUGUGCAAUUUGUGUUUGCAACUCGUUUCGAUAGAAAUAGUAGAUUUCACCAAUUUAUAUUUGUUGAGCAGAGUGCUCAAACCUCGUUCAAACUGCCUGCCAGCUGAACAAACAAACCGAGAAUGGAAAGUCUUGUAUUAAAGCUGAAUGUUUUUUAAAAGAUUUUUGAAGAGAAAAAGAGCAGUGUUUUCAGUCCCCAAAACUUCCUGCUUAUGUGCGAGACGGCACAUUAUUUUAAUAUUUUACAUUUCCAACGGUUAAUAGUACAAUUUUUUUGAUGAAAUAACUCGAUGGAUGGAACUUUUGAACUAGAUUUUAUAUUGGUGUAGUGGUUUUGUUAAAUCCGCUGCGACCAUGCAUGGCGCAGGCAAUGAUACCCAAACGCCACGCAGCGUCCUGUAUUCUAAAGAUGUUUGUAGAAUAAUUGUGUGAUUUUUGUCAUCUCUAAAACUUGCGACAUGUAGUUUCGGCAGACGUUUUUAAACUUUGCGGCGUGCAGUCAAUAGUUCGCGCGAAACAAUAAAUCAUUCAAAUUUAGAGCUGUUUGAUAUUCCCGCUGGUCUAAAUAAAAAAUAGUGUACGUUUGUGAGACAAGGGUGUGUGAAUUUCACAGGGUGCCACUGUAUGAACUGUAUAUAAUUUUAUCUAUUUUUACUUUUUCACAUACUCUUGGGCUAGUUUUUAUUUGUGUUUUAAUAUUUUAAUCAGUUUAUAAUUACGAUUAGUCCAUUUUAAACCAUUUUUAAUGCAUGUACUUAAGUUUUUUAGGGUUUUUUUUUCAAAAAAAUAGUUUUUUAAUAGAUAAGGUUUCUUAUAUUUGUAUAUGCAUAAUUCACAUUUUAUCUUCUUUUGUAUUUUUAAUUUGUCAAGCGUUUUUAACUUGAACCUCUGGCUCGGAAGUUGUGCAAAUACUUCCCACGUCUUUGACAUUAAAUAAAUUAUUCUAUUCUGUGACUAUAUGAUUAAGUAAAUAGGGAAUGCAGCUGUACUUUUAAGUGCUGACUUUGCAUGUGGAACUAAAAGCAGAAAAGGAAUGUCUUGUCAACUGUAGAUAGAGGGGGGAGGAGUUUGAAAUGUGUCUUUUUCUGUUUUGUCGUUUCUAGUGCAUCAAAAAAAUUAUUUCUAACAGCAGCCAGUGUUAAUUUGUGUGGUAUUCUAAGCUUUCAGUGUCCCAGGUUAUUGAUAUUAGGCUGAUUUAGCAACAGAACGGGAACGUCAUUUGACAAUGGAAAAGCGCGCUGAAAGGACUAAAUUCGACUUCCGGUGCCCAAUUUGCCACUCUGCCAUCGGUCAAGCCAGUUGUUUGAUUGGCGCAUGCCGUCGUCAACUGACGUUCUUAUUCUGUUGCUAAAUCAGCCUGUUGUUCCACGAAUCAUACCCCAGGCAUUUACUACAGAGACUAAAAAUUCCCUGAGUUUUGCACUUCCUUAAAAUCCCAUACUAAAAUGCCUUUGCCAAAAACCAUACCCUUAGUAUACACACCAAAUACAUAGCUUGUGUCGAAGGGUAUCCUCUCUCGGAUAUUAAUUAAAAAUUGUUAUUUUGCAGGGAUCAAAGGAUUAUCUGGGAAACAUUCUGUUGUAAGUAGACUUUUUAAGACUUACCAGUGCAUAGGACUAGGACAUGUUAAUUUUUUAUAUAUAUAUGGAGGGUUAAGGCCUGAAGGAAAAAAGGGGACUAACAAUAAAUUAUAGUAUCAUUUGAUGUAAAUUAUUCUUCCUUUUCACUGGCAGAAAGCCCACCACAUGACCUACAAAUAACUACCUGCAAAUAAUGGUCUGCUCAUGCGUAAUAUCGUCCACCUGUGUUUGGCUGCAAAUAAUAUUCUGCUCAUGCAUAAACGAAACCACAUUUUCAUCCUUCUUUUUAUUUUUCUUGUGUGAAAAUGGCAGAUCGCUUCGCUUCCCGAGUAUAUUCAUAAAAAAACAAACUUGGUGAUCAAAUGAUAAAACAAUUCUUGAACUCAGUUAUCGCAAAAUAUCGUGAUUUGUCAGUGUCUCGCAGAUCAAUAAAUAUUUGCCUCACUGCAUGCCUUUGGCUUUGACUCGCCUGACUGACAAAUCACAAUAUUUUGCUCAACCUCAUCCAAAAAUAUUAUUGUUAAUUGUUAAGUUAUAUUGUAAGAAAGGUAACCAAUGGUAGACAAUAGUUAAGGGAUGGGGCCAAAGUGGAAAUGUCAGAGUCAGGGGUAAAAAGGUAUACCACCAAGGCAAGAGUCAGGAUUACUGUUCCCCUGGCCCUUCAGUGGCAUAGCUGGAAACUUUCCAGAGGUCUGUUCAGUUUUUCAAAUCAACCCUAUCAUGUCUCCCAGAAUGUUUCGCACAGGUGACUUGAUUAAAUUUCUGUAUUUAUCAGAAGGUGACAUAAUCAUCUUUCUCUAUCUUGGGACCCUGGGGCCUGUUUCUCGAAAGUCCCGGUAACUUUUUAGGCCCGAAAUCAACUAUUCAAACCAAAAUGUAAAGAAUAAGAGCAUGGGUCCUGGCUAACAAACUACUCAAUUUUAUUUCAUUAACUCAUAGUUUUAUCAUGUUAGAUGAAAAACUAUUGAAACCUCAGUCUUUUCUAUAAACGGAGACAGCUUACCAGGCCCGUUAAUUAUCGGCACUUUUGAGAAACAGGCCCCUGUUCUUCUGGCAGGAUUCAUGGGUCUUGCUUGUGUUGAAAUCAGGGAAAAACAUGGCAUUUGGUUUUUGUAUUAGCUUUAAAUUUUAGCUGUUUUUUAUUUCUCUUCAAAGUUUUUUCUAGUAUGCAUUAAUUUUUGUAAUGGCAUGCAGGUGGCAGAGUACACCCCUGCACCCCACAAGUACUUCCCCCACCCCUCUCCAUCAGGAUGCCAUGUACAGGUGGUUCCAGAGAAUUAUAGCUUCUUUAUAUUAGCUUUUGACUUAAUGCUGUCUCCAUUUCAGGUUACAAGUGGACAAAGACUAGAAUCAGUGAGAAAAGCAUGCGGAAGAACAAAGAAAUCUUGGGACUCCCUCUCACUAACAGAGAAAAAGAUCCUUGCCAAACACAUCUUAGUCAAUGAUGAACACAAGUUCCUGUUCUGCGCUGUGCCUAAAGCUGCCUGUUCAAAUUGGAAAAGAGUGUUGAUGGUGAUUCAAGGUGAAGCAGUUGAUGCUAAUGCUAUUCGCAGAGUCAAUCACAAGGGCUUUACAACAUUGGAAGAUCUACCUCCUUUGGCAGUUACGCGCACACUUAGAGAAUACUACAAGUUCAUGUUUGUUAGGGACCCUCUGUCCAGACUAGAGUCAGCAUACAAAGACAAGUUUGUUCGAAAUAACACUUCCUUUCACAAAAGCUACGGCCGAAAAAUAAUCAAGCACGUGCGUAAAAAUGCUCCAGUAAAUGCUAAAGGAGAUGAUGUGUCUCUAAAAGAGUUUUUACAAUACGUAUCAGAGAGUCGUGUAGAAGAUAUGAACGAGCACUGGAUGCCACUGUUUGAGUUAUGCCAACCUUGUGCAGUUUCAUAUGAUUUUAUAGGAUCGGUUGAAAAUCUUGAGAGCGACGCAACUGAAGUAUUAAGAAAACUUCAUGUGGAGGAGCAGGUUUCUUUUCCAAAGCAACAGUCAUGGUAUCAAACAACAGGAAAGCGACAUUAUGAUACAAAUCUUGCAGAUGUGCCAUCCAAGCUGUUGCAAAAAGUAGUGUCAAAGUAUGCCAGGGAUUAUGUGUUGUUUUCAUAUCCAAAACCUGAUGUCUGA